GGUACUCACAACUUGAGGGUAUAGACUUUGAAGAAACUUUUAAUCCAGUAGUGAAAGCUACUAGCAUAAUAGUCAUUUUGUAUGUUGCAGUUACCUUACACUAGCCCAUUAGACAGUUAGAUGUUAAGAAUGCAUUCCUGCAUGGUCAUUUACAAGAAUAAGUGUAUAUGAGUCAGCCUCCAGGUUUCAUUAAUACUCAACAUCCAAAUCAUGUCUAUUUUCUAAAGAAAGCUCUUUAUGGACUCAAACAAGCUCCUAGAGCUUGGUUUGAGAGGUUCCGUUUAUUUCUCCUUCACCUUGGGUUCAAAUGUAGUAGGGCAGAUUCUUCUCUUUUCACACUCCAUAACUCAGCAAGGAUAAUAUUAUUGUUGCUGUAUGUGGAUGAUAUAAUUGUUACAGGAAGCAACUCAAGGCAGAUAGGGGAAGUAGUGCAGAAGCUGGGAAGUGAAUUUGCUAUGAAGGAUCUUGGACCCUUGAGUUACUUCUUGGGUAUUAAAGUGAAGUACUUUCCUGGAGGAAUUCACCUAACUCAAAGCAAAUAUGCAAAUGAUCUGCUAAAGAAGGUGAAUAUGGCAGAAGUAAAAGCAGUACAUAAUCCAUUAGCUCAGAGGCAUAGAUUGCAAGAAGCAAUUGGCAGUGCAGUUGAUCCCUCAGUUUAUAGAAAUAUUGUGAGAAGCUUGCAGUAUCUUACUCUUACCAGGCCAGAUAUCACUUAUGUUGUAAAUCUUACAAGUCAAUUUAUGCAGAAUCCAAACAGUGUGCAUCUUCAGGCUGUUAAAAGAAUAAUGAGGUAUGUUAAGGGAACAAUUGAUCAUGGACUAAGAAUCAUAUCACAUUCCUCUUUUAGGAUAUAUGGUUUCUCAGAUGCAGACUGGGCAGGCUGUGCUCUUACAAAAAGAUCCACAACUGGAUAUAGUGUGUAUCUUAGUGCAAACUGUGUGUCCUGUUCAUCAAGAAAGCAAAACACUGUUGCAAGAUCAAGUGCUAAAGCUGAGUAUAGGGCAUUGGCAGCAACUGAUCGAGUAAUAGGUUUUGUUUUUCUCUUGUUCACGUUGAUAGCCCCGGUUCAGUUCAAGCUGCUGCGAAAGAAUUUGUCGAAGUGUUGGAACGAGCUUUCCAGGACCAGGAACCAAUUCAAAUUUGGAUCUUGACAUGUCGGUGGUUUUUAACCGUAGGCAUUUUGCCAAGAAGUUGGUGGGCUUAUCAUGAAUUAGGUCGGGGUGGCUAGUGGUUUCGGGAUCCUUGUUAGCGACCCAUCAGUCUUCCCUAAGCUGUCAGAGUCCGAUCGAAGCGAGCAAGAGAUAGAGGAAUCCUCGCUCAUAGAUGUGAAUUGAAAAAGCAAGCCCGAAUUCUUUUGUGUAGUGUGUCCUGUUGGGAGUAGAAUUCAAGCUUGUAA